GGAACACUUUUGUCCCAUACAUCAUCUUAACGCAGACAACAUCUUUAAGAAAGGGUCCCGACUGGGGUGGGUUACCAUGGAAACCAAGACGGUGAUGCUACGAGAGCAGGAGCAGCAGUCGUCCCAGAUGUCUCACAGCAUGCAGCUGUCUUCGCAGAUAAAGAAGAGAACCUUCACUUCCAGCGAUGAGGAAGCUUCUCCUUCUGGUUUGUAUCCUAUCAUUCCUGCUGAUGUGAUGUCUGUCAAAGAGAUCCUCAAUAUGAGCAACUUGCCCUGCCACAGGACAUGGGAAAUCCUGCAGGAAACAGCGGCUACCGAUGUGGAGUAUCAGAGGGAGGAGUGGACACGAUUUGGAAACGAGGCUGAGAAGGUUGAGCUAGACGUAAUCCGAAACCAACAUGUGCUGCGUGCUCGUGUUGACAAAAUGGCACUUCGAAGAAAGGCAGAAGAGAAGAAGUCUGCCCACAUACAGUUCUUGGAGAAACUGAGCCAGAGAGCUCCAGACUUUGCAAUCCCUCUGAGGGCUCACACAGUCUGGGAGGGGAUGACGGUGAAACUCUCGUGCACUGUGCACGGCUGCCCAACCCCCACACUAACAUGGUGUAAGGAUGGUGAACCACUGAUAAUGUCAUCCCAACCGUGGAACUACAGCCUUCAACAAAGUUUUGGUCUCAGCUCGUUGGAGAUCAGAAGGUGCUGUCUUGAUGAUGCUGGUGAGUAUAAAGUCAUCGCCAAGAGUCCCCGGGGUGAAGCUACGACCUUUGGAACAUUAGUGGUAAACUCAUAUCGAGGAGCCGCGGCUGGUUCAGAGCGCUUGCAGACCGCCGCCUCGCAGCUGCAAGAGGAAGCCAAGUUUGGCAUCUCCUUCCCCCCGACCUGGGUAAAGGAGGGCAACAGCGUCACCCUGCUGUGCACCUUCACAUCAGCUCUGCUUCCCUUCCAGCAAGAAGUCAGCUGGUUCAGAGAUGGUACACAGCUGCAUCAGUCCAGCAAUGUGGACAUUAAAACGACUGACAACAAGUCCACCAUCACUUUAAUGGCUGCACACAAGGAGCAUGAAGGUGUGUACAGCGCCAGGCUGAGGACCAGGGAUGGAAUCAAAGAACACGGGGCUUUUGUUUACAUCUAUGAUGCAUCAGCAGCAGUGACCGGAGGUCCUGCGUCUCCUCUGGCAGUGGAGGUGUCUGAUGUCAACAAGGACUACGUCUUCCUCACCUGGCAGCCGCCCAGUGCAGACGGAGCUUCACCUGUGGAGGGUUAUUAUGUAGAAAGAUGUGUCCUCGGUCAGGAUGAGUGGGUGCGCUGCAAUGCUCGCAUUCAUAAAACGUGCCAUUUCCCAGUGUUUGGCCUGAAGGAAGGAACUGUGUACCAGUUCAGAGUCCGCGCUGUGAACCAAGCCGGAGCAGGACGACCCUCAAAAGCCACGGAUGCCGUUCGGACCUUUGACCCUCUGGAACACACCAGGACAAUGGUAGUCCGAGUGGAUCGAGGAAGGACCAUUACCGUUACAAAAGAUGAGCUGGAAGGUCAGGUCAAAGCUCCUUUUCCUCCCACGAACGUGCACGCCUGCGAGGUGAGCGACACCUACGUGGUGCUGAGCUGGACCGAGCCUGAACCCAGAGGCAGGGAGCCGCUGACCUUCUACGUGGAGAGGUCGUUGGUAGGAAAAAGCAGCUGGAGUCUGGCCAGUUUGGACCUGGUGGUGAACUCUCCCAGGUUCCCAGUGUUCGACCUGCUGAAGGAGAAGCAGUAUUACUUCAGAGUGCGCUCCGUCAACAAGUAUGGAGUCAGCGACCCGUCUGAACCGAGCGCACCCAUCGCCCUUGCAGAACCACAAGCUUUGCCAGCUCCUCCUUGCUCCGUCAUGGCCAUCCGGGACUCAGACACCUCGGUGCUGGUGCUGUGGAGGGAACCCCAAAACACCAAUGGCAUCCUGGGAUAUUAUCUGUACUGCAGUGAAACUGGCAAACAGGACUGGAAGACUGUGAAUAACAAGCCUGUAGCUAAAACACGGUUUACGGUUCACGGGCUGAAAACCUGGAAGGAGUACGUGUUCAGGGUGAAGUCUGUGAGCCGAGCAGGAAGCAGCAGCUAUUCAGAUGAGUCUCACCCCACUGUGGUCAAAUCAGCCAUCAAUGUUCCCUCUCCUCCCUCGGCCGUCGCCCUGCUGCUCUGCACCGGAUCAGAAAUGGUUCUGGGCUGGAGGGCUCCGUCCUCCAACAGGGGGAACCCUGUGCGAGGCUACUACCUGGACCAGAGGGAGAAGGGCGCCAAAACAUGGCGAGAAGUCAACGUCAAACCUGCCAAAGAGAAGCAGUUCAAGGUGUCUAACUUGACAAGUGGACGUUUCUACCAGUUUCGUGUCUUCGCUGCCAACAUGGCCGGUGUUGGGAAGCCCUCGGAUGCCAGUGAACCUUUUCUGUGUGACAAAUGGACAAUGCCAGAACCAGGUUGCCCUUACGACCUGGAGUUCAGGGAGGUGAGAGACGGCGCCCUGGUGCUCGUAUGGGUGGCCCCUCUGUAUGAGGGUCGUGGUCCGGCCACUGGCUAUUUGCUGGAGAUCAGCCAGGGUGAUCAGUCAGACAGCUGGACCGCACUGAACAAAAAGCCAAUCUCAGAGACGCAUUAUAAGGUGUCGGGCCUUCAGACGGGUCAGACCUACCGUCUUCGUGUGGCGGCGGUUAAUGAGGCUGGAGCGGGUCCAGCUUCUCUGCCCUCGGAGCCGGUCACAGCUCAGACCCGACCAGGAACCAGAGACAUUGAGAUCGGUGUGGACGAUGACGGGUUUAUAUUUUUGGGCUUCGAGGCUGUUGAGAUGAACGAUGAGAGCGAGUUCCUCUGGAGCAGAAAUUACACCGAACCCAUAGAUGCCAAGAAGACAAAGACUGAAACCAAACAGAACAGGUCCGUUCUCACCUUCACAGACCCGUCCGAGGAGGAUCUGGGUCUGUAUACGGUGGAGCUGAGUGACACGCCGCAGAUAUCGUCCAGCUACGAUUUCACCGCUGAAGACCUUGAACGUCUGAAAGAACUCAGCUGGCAAGUCAGAAAUCCCUUGAUUGCUCUGAAGUCGGCCUGGCAGGUGGAGGUUUCUGAGAAAGGCGGAGUGCGUCUUUGGCUUCAGACCGAGAGCCUGAGUGAAUCUGCUGAGCUCCGCCUCGUCUGCAACGACCGGGAAAUCUCCAGCACUCCUCACCGUAAGAUCAACUUCGACAAGGCCAAAGGUCUGGUGGAGAUACUGUUUGAUCAGCUCUCUGAGGACGACGAGGGCUCGUACACGGCUCAGCUGAGGGACGGACGCGCCAAGAACCAGUGCACUUUGGUCUUUGUGGAUCAAAAGUUUCGUGACACGCUGGCCUUGGCUGACACAAAUCGACGAGACAAACAGAGAAAAACAGGACCUUAUUUCCAGAAAUAUCUGACAUGGAGCGUGAAUGAAGACUGUGAGUUAAUUAUAAAGUGCAAGGUGACAAACACAAAGAAGGACACAACUCUGAAGUGGUUCAAGGACAAGGUGGAAAUGAAGGCGUUCGUUUAUGAUCAGACAUCUGGAAUCAGCUCUGUCUCCAUCCCUCAGGUUACAAAGAAAGACGCCGGCUCGUACAGAGCUGUGGUGUCAGACAACAGAGGCGAGGACGUCAGCACUUUAGAGUUACUGGAUGACGAGUAUGACAAGCUUCUCCAGCUGCUGAGUGAACAAUGUGCUCUGUCAGCUGGUCCCCUGAGGAUGGAGAGCACGGCUGACGGCUUCAGGCUCUACAGCUCACUCAAAUACUACAUCAGCUGCCUGAAGACAAGCUGGUUCUUGAAAGAGAAGAGGAUUGAUCAGGAGGCCAGGACCAAGCCUGGCAGCAGCAUGCAGAAAGUGUGGAUUGAAAUCUCAAACCCAACAGAGAACGAUAAAGGCAAAUACAUCUUAGAAAUGUGUGACGGCACAGAGACGCACAAACGACAUUUUGAACUGUCUGGAGACGUUUUUGCUGAAGCUUUGCUGGAGCACCAGAGGUUGAAGCAACUGGCCAUUGCUGAGAAAAAUCAAGCCAAAGUAACCAAAGGUCUUCCUGAUGUUGUAGCCAUCAUGGAAGGCAAGUCUCUGUGUCUCACCUGCUUCAUUGAUGGCGACCCAGCCCCAGAGAUCUUCUGGCUUCAUAACGACAAGGAGAUCCUCGAUCAGACUCAGUUCACCAUCACAAAGGAGCCCAAGCGCAGCGCCAUCACCAUCAACAAGGUCAACACAGAAGAUUCUGGAAAGUACAGCAUUUUUGUGCGCAACAAAUACGGGUCUGAAUCGGUUGACGUGACCGUGAGCGUCUACAAGCAGGGAGAGCAACCUCCAGCUAACGCAGUGGAGAUGGGUUAAGACUGCAAAUAAGAGUCAAAAGUUCAGUUUUAAUGAGGAUUUAAAUU